UGUAUAUUGUCUCAAAAUGUCGCGGGAGCGCGCGCCUCAGCUAUUGUUUAUUAUCAAAAAGUGAUAAAUCAAAUGACUUGGCAAUAAUAUUGUUCUAAUAUUUUAACAAUUAGUGCUUUUAUGUUUGUUUUAGAACUUUGUGAGUGAGUGAUUUGUGGACUGUUUAAAUUGGAUAUAAGAAAAAAAUGUUCCCGUUCUGCGAUUGUUGAAUGGCGGCCAUAUUAACAGGCGUAUUGGGAUGUGAUGCGCCGAAUCGACCACGCCCACAAUGAGCUCCUUCCUCAUGAACGGUGGAUAUCAACCACAGCCCGAUCCAAAAUUCCCACCCUCCGAAGAGUACAGCCAGGCGGACUACAUACCACCAGGAGAAUACUACCAGCAUCAACAUUUACAAUAUGGCUACCAGCACCAGUAUCCCGUGCAAAUCGGCACGGGAUAUGGAUACGGAGGUUAUUACCACCCGAUACCGCAGCACCCACCUGUCGCACCACCGCCGAGGCCUCCCGAGCCAUCUCAUCCAUCUGAUGCUGAUCACGGUUAUAUUCCUUCUCAUAAUGACGCUACGCCAGGACUAGCGGAGCUUGGGUUACGGUUAGAAAGACAUAUAGAAGAGGCGGCGCCCGCUGGGAGGAAACUUCAGGCCCUAGGCCGUGAAGGCUCUCCUGGGUCUGAAUUGGACGAUGAGAGGUUGCUUCUAGACAGUCCGCCUGUUGAAGACGAUGAUUCCUCAAUAUGUUCCGAUAAUACAGACAGAGUAAUCUACCCUUGGAUGAAGAAGAUUCAUGUUGCUGGGGCUUCAAACGGAACUUUUCAACCGGGAAUGGAGCCGAAACGGCAACGGACAGCGUAUACCAGGCACCAAAUAUUAGAAUUGGAAAAAGAGUUUCAUUACAAUCGGUACCUUACUAGAAGAAGAAGAAUAGAAAUAGCUCACACUCUAGUCCUGUCGGAGAGACAAAUAAAAAUCUGGUUUCAGAAUAGAAGAAUGAAAUGGAAAAAGGACAAUAAAUUACCGAAUACCAAAAACGUUAGAAGAAAAACUAAUCCAGCCGGCGUCACGACGACUACGACUAAAGGAGCCACACCAAAGAGUAGAUCGAGUAAGAAUACAAAUAAUAACGAUAAGAAGAAAUCAAACAACAAUGGACGGCCAGACAGCAUAGAAAAUGUAACUGACAACAUCAUGAACGAAUUACACUGUGUUGGCGCGCAGCAAAAUAUGUCUCACGAUCCAUCAAUAAGUCCCAUGUCGCAUCCUGGCAGCCAGAUGAACCCUGGACACCAGAUGACAGCUCAUCACUUACAUAUGAUGGGUAUACAUGCAGGCAUGGACCCGUCACUGGUUGCCAAUUUAUCCGCCCACGGUUCGCCAGUUGGCAAUACGGGUUGCGGAACCGGUAUCGGUGCAGGUAACGCGCCAGUCAUAAAAUCAGACUAUGGUCUCACUGCCUUAUAAUCUUUAGAAUGUAAAGAAGAUGCUAUAUUUUCAUUGACGAACUCAUGUAAUACUUACCAUUCCUUUGUGUUUAUAACUUGUAAUAAAGUGAUUAUAAUGUAACUAAUUAAGUUAAUGUAAGUUGUGUAAGUAAUACUAGUAAUAAUAUCAGUCAUAAAUUGGAUGUUUGUUUAGUUAAGCGGAAAACUUUACAAUGUCAAAAGUGUGAUUAUUUUAGGGUAGGUAUAGACAUCUGAGUGGGCUUGUACUUUUAACUGUGAGUCAUUGUCAUUUAAUUUUUGAUAUGAUUCUAUAAAAACAAGUCGUCAUGUAUAAUUUUUUGCCUGAAAAUUGUAAGACAGCUGUGUGAUUCGAAGUUGAACAAAAGGGAACAUACAAAUUAAUUUAUUUAAUUUGUGAGUCGAAUUUAAAUUUGUCUGAUUUUUGUUUUUAAUUUAAUAUAAUUGUUAUUUUAACAUUUUUGUAUGUAAUUUAGUGACGUAUGAUUGAGACAAUGACUUAGGUUUCGGUACGAAAUGAAAGUCAGUUUUAAACGGAAACAUUGUUUUGUAACUAAGAUAGGAAAAAAUGUGAAUAUAAAACCAAUA